AUGACUGAGCUCAACAGCCCACGCUCGUUCACCAUCCGCGUCCCCGCGACCUCAGCCAACAUCGGCCCCGGCUUCGAUGUCGUCGGCCUCUCGCUCUCCCUCCACCUCACCCUCACCGUCACCAUCACCCCCGCCGACGCCCCCGUGCCCCCGCAGAUAACGCACUCGGGCGAGGGCGCGGACGAAGUCCCCCUCGACGCGUACAAGAACCUCACCACGCGCGUCGCGCUCUACGUCCUCCGCUGCCACGGCAUCCCCACGUUCCCCUCCGCGCUCGCCAUCCACUGCGCGAACGAGAUCCCCUUCGGCCGCGGGCUCGGCUCGUCCGGCGCCGCCGUCGUCGCGGGCGUGCUCCUCGGCAACGAGCUCGGCCGCCUGCACCUCACGCGGGAGCGCAUGCUCGACUUCGCGCUCAUGGUCGAGCGGCACCCGGACAACGUCACCGCCGCGCUCGUCGGCGGCUUCGUGGGCUCGUACCUCCGCGAGCUCGACGCCGCCGCGACGGAGGCCGCGAGCGUGCCCCUCAGCGAGGUCCUCCCGGAGUACCCGCCCGACGCGGGCGAGGGGUGGGGGAUGGACCCCCCGCAGCCCCCGCUGGGCAUCGGGCACUACGUCCGCUUCGGGUGGUCGGGGAGCAUCAAGGCACUCGCGAUCAUCCCGCGGUUCGAGCUGAGCACGGCCAAGGCGCGGAGCGUGCUCCCGGAGCAGUACUCCAGGAAAGAUCUCGUAUUCAACUUGCAACGGCUGGCGGUGCUGACGACCGCCCUGGCGCAGACCCCGCCGGACCCCGAGCUCAUCUACGAGGCGAUGAAGGACCGCGUUCAUCAGCCAUACCGUAAAACUCUGAUCCCCGGCCUACCCGAGGUGACGAACAACAUCACCCCUUCCACACAUCCAGGGCUCUUGGGCAUCUGUCUAUCUGGUGCAGGGCCAACAAUCUUGGCGCUGGCCACAGGAGGCUUCGAAGCAAUCGCAGAGGAUGCGCGUACGAUCUUCAAGGGCCAUGGAAUCGAGGUUGACUGGAAGGUGCUCGAGGUCGUGGGCGGUAGCGUUGUACAGCAUAAUCAAUGAAGCCAGCGGAGAUGUGUAGUACCAAGCAAGCCGCAUCAAAAGUUCAGAGC